UUUGUUUUUUCUCUCCUCAUUCAUUCUCAGGUUAUUUGAUCUUGUAAUGUUAACCCAAUUCAAUAUUUAAUUUUAUGACAAUCAAAUCUAUUUUAUCAACCACCAAAUCUAACCCCCUCUUUUCAUUUCCUGCUCCUUAUCAUUAUUAUUAAUCUACUACUACUCCUUCGUUUUCAGUGCACACUACUAUAUAUUCAUUCAUACUUCUCUCUUUAUUAUUUCCUCAUUUUAUUUCUCUUUUAAAAAAAAUGUGGAAGGUUGAAGAUGUGUUAAGGGAGCUUAAAGAAGAAGGAAUAUUUGAAGAAAACAAUGCUAAAUUUAGUGACAAAGAUGGUGGUUUACCACCUGGUUUCAGAUUUCAUCCUACUGAUGAAGAACUCGUUACUUUCUACCUUGCUUCUAAAGUCUUUAACACUACUACUACUCCUAAUAAUACUACCAACUUAUUCUUGUCCAAUUCCGGUGUCCAAAUUCUUGAAGUUGAUCUCACUCGUUGUGAGCCUUGGAACCUUCCAGAGAGAGCAAAGAUGGGAGAAAGAGAGUGGUACUUGUACAGCUUAAGAGACAGGAAGUACCCUUCAGGAUUAAGGACUAACAGAGCUACUGAGACUGGCUACUGGAAGGCUACUGGUAAAGACAGACAGGUUUACGCCACUGGUAUUACAACUACUGCUGCUGGUAAUGGAGGUGGAAUGUUGAUUGGUAUGAAGAAGACUCUUGUCUUCUACCAAGGCCGUGCUCCUCGCGGCGUCAAGACUAAAUGGAUCAUGCAUGAAUACCGCCUCGAUGGCCAUUUCUCCUCCUUUCGCCUCUCCUCUAAGGAAGAAUGGGUGAUAUGCAGAAUAUUCCACAAGAAUGCAGAGAAGAAGUACUCUCCACAAAUUCAUCAUCCACCUUCUUCGCCACCACCACCGCUGCCGCCGCUGCAACCUCUAUCUCCUUUCUUUAGUAGUUUACCUCCUUUGGCUGAACCACCCACCACCACCACAACCACCCAAUCAUUAGCUGAUGCUACACCCUCGCAACCGCGCCACUAUGACCUCCUCCAUUCCUUAUUGGUAAACCCUUUGCCUAAUUUUUCAUCCAUAUCUGGAUCAAACACCAUUUUCCCUACCGCCACCUUGGCCGCCUCAGGGGAAACAACCCGGUUUAAGUCCUUCCAAGAGCGAUGCCUCUCCUCCACCAGCACCAGCAACAGCAUUGCUACUGCUACUGUGCCUGCUGUAACAAAACAGUGGCAGCAGCAGCAGCAGUGGGUUGACAAAAUAUGGGCUCAGAAUGAGUACUUCCAAAAUCAAUAUCAUCGUAAUCCCUUGAAUAUUAAUCAAAUGAUGGAACCUCAAUCUCUUCCUAAUACUUACACUACUACUGCUACUGUCAAUGAUAAUGAUGAGGACGACGAUGUCGAUGUUGAAGCUGCUGUUGAUCAUACUGAAAUGUCUCCCUCAUUUGCAGUAGCAGCACUGGAUAGGAUGCUAAGUCAUACUAUCAAUCACCACCAAUACAAUCCUACAGAAUCUUGGUCUUUUCGUCUUCAUCCCUAAUAAUUUUCAUUAGUAUUAUCAUUGUUGUUACGUAUGUACUGCAGUAUUUGUUAACAGUUAGAUAUCUGUUUUAAUGUAUGUAGUCCUAGUUGAAUUAGUUGCUGCUAAUUAUAUAGAUCUACAUAAAUACUCAUCUAGCAAACAUAAAUUUAUGUAUACAAAUAUGUGCUCUACUUAUCUACUAUGCCUUU